AUGCGGAACUGGUUCGGAAGAGGACGACCCCUACAGAUCGCCAUCAGUUGUGGUUGUCUGAUGGCCUUCACUCUUUUCGGCUAUGAUCAAGGAGUAUUUGGAGGUAUUCUACAAAAUGAAAAUUGGUUGAAUCAAUUUGGCCACCCUGGAGGUACAAAAGCUGGGAUUAUUGUAAGCUCGUACAAUUUGGGAUGUCUUCUGGGAUGUUUCAUCAACUUCUGCGUCGGCGAUAUGCUUGGUCGCCGGAAAGUGAUUUGGAUAGCUGCAAGUACAAUCAUUGUCGAUGCCAUCCUGCAGACGAGCGCGUACGGUGUUGCACAUUUAGUCAUUGGUCGGAUUGUGACGGGUGGUGGGACUGGACUAGAAAUGUCGACGGUACCUAUGUAUCAGUCCGAGUUAUGUCAAAGCCAUAUGCGGGGAAGGCUAGUGCCUUCGGAGGUGUUGUUCGUGGGCGUUGGAAUCAGUAUCGCAUACUGGUUCGACUUUGGAAUGUCCUUCACACCAGGCUCCAUCGCAUGGCGAACUCCUAUUGCCUUCCAAAUGGUCUUCGCAAUCUUCGUGGUGAUUCUGGUCUUCGGUCUACCAGAGUCACCACGAUGGCUAUUCAACCGCGAUUGUACCGAGGAAGCCACUGAGGUUCUCUGCAGAGUGUAUGAUAAACCCAGAGACCAUCCGCUCAUUGUGCAGGAAGCAGAUGGAAUUAUACAAGUAAUCAAGAUUGAGCGACAGAAUGGAGGGUUCAAAUGGCGGAACAUACUCACUCCAACGAGAUACAGUGCAUACUGGAAGGAGGGUUUUACUUGCGUGGGGAGUGCAGUGCAUGAAUUAGAUUGGUUGGAUUAA